GUCAAAUCGGAUUUUUUUUUUUUGAGGCGACGAGAAUGACGUGCUACAGUAUUGUACACCAUGUCACAGACAGAACCUACUGUUAUUUUGGGCUCAACCCUGGCUGGUUAUUUUGCCGAUAUGGACACCAACGGGACCAACUCUACUUUAAUGAUAGAUGAGAGCCCACCUCAGUACAUUCAGGAUCUCAAGAUGGCCAACAAAGUGAUUCUGACAUCGUUGCUAGCCUUCAUCAUGGUGGCUAUGGGCUGUGUAAUCACCCCUGAUGACUUGAAAAGAGUGCUACGUCGCCCCUUUGGUGUGUUCAUCGGAUUCUGCUCUCAGUUUAUUGUCCUCCCCCUGUCAGGAUUUGGUCUGGCCCAUGCCCUGUCUCUGAAACCUGGCUAUGCAUUGGGAGUCUUGGUCACUGUCACUUGCCCGGGGGGUGUCACCUCCAACUUGUAUACCUUUUGGAGCAACGGGGAUGUGUGUCUCAGCAUCACCAUGACGGCCUUCUCAACCAUUGUUGCCAUGGGAAUGAUGCCUCUGAACCUGUUUAUCUACUCCCGAUCCUGGACGAAUGAUGGAGCCAUCAUUCCAUACAAUAGCAUCAUCAUUUCCCUGGUCCUUAUCCUGGUACCUGUCCUUAUUGGUAUGCUUAUUAAGUACAAGAAGCCCUCAUGGUGCCCGAUCAUUACCAAGCUGGGAAGCAUUUUUGGACUGCUUGCCAUCGCUAUCAACAUCAUUUUGAACGGCAUCAUCAACCCAUCUAUGUUCUUCUCUCCAUGGCAACUGUGGUUUGCCAGUUUCAUCUUGCCACUGCUUGGCUACGGCUUUGGCUACCUGUUGGCUUUCAUCUUGCGUAGACCCCACAUUGAGUGCCGCACCAUCUGCUUUGAAACGGGCGCGCAAAACAUCGGCUUGGCGUUGACGCUCAUCCUGGUGACAUUUGCGGAUGGCGAUCUCUUCCAAGAUAUGCUUGUCUUCCCAUCUCUCUACGGACCUUUUUUAAUUCUCCACGCUUGUUUGAUUGUUGUGAUUUACUUGAUUUGGCAAAAGUGGCAUGGACGGCAAGAGCAGAAUGAUUUACCCAUCAAGGAGAAAGAGUCUCAGCGAGACGUGACAUUGGAGAUGCUCCCAGUUGAACCAUCUAAGGAAGGGGAGGACUAAAAUAGAAUUUAAAUAAUAAACCACAAGGCAGUGUUGUAGUCAAGACCAUGCAGGCAGUCCGAGACCAAGACCAGUCUUGAUGGCAAUAUAACACUGUCGCAAGUUGAACACAACUUGCCCCACAUUUGGUAGAAACAUAAACCGCCAACACACGGAGAUACUCCUGGUGGGUGAACCAUCUAAGAAAGGGGCGGACUAAAAAAGAAAUCAAAUGAUAAACCACAAGGCAGUGUUGUAGUCAAGACCAUGCAGGCAGUCCGAGACCAAGACCAGUCUUGAUGGCAAUACAACACUGAAUACAACUUGCCCCCACAUUUUCAAAGAAAUAUUUCGUUUUUGUGUAUGAUAACUGGCUGUGUUUAGGGUUCAGAAACACUGUUUGUGCCUUCGAAAGUCAUUGUGGUAUUCAAGACCAGGCAGUCUGGGACCAAGACUGAGAACAACAUCAGUCUUGAAAAUACAACAAUGACACAUGGGAAACGGAGUGAGAUUUAAACCAACAUCCUCUAGAAACUUGCCACACUCUACAACUGAGCUGUUAUCAGGGAUGCCAGUUCUCGGGCUAUUGCCGGAAUUACGGCUUUUUCAAAUUUUCUCCGAUUUUUUUUCGGCGCUCUGUGUUUCAUCUGUUUCAUCUGGUUUCAUUUUUUUUGAUUUUAUUUUUUUUCCUUUUGAAAUUUGUGAUAUACAAAAACGGGAAAUUCGAGACUAAAAUCAGACUAUGUCUGCCUUUUUUUUGCAAGGGGUGGGGGGUCACAAUUUUCUUUUUCUUUAUGUUUUAAUAAAAUAGUGCUGUUAUGUUUUUUUAUAUAGUUUUUUGGUAUGAGGGAGGGGGGGGGGCGGUGACCCCUUUUCCUUCAAAAAAAAUUUUUUUUAGGCUCUGAAGGAAAGAGCCACUGGCAUCCCUGCUGUUUUAACUUAUAUGCUGGCAGUGUCCCUGUGUUUUAAUUUACUUUCUAAGCCUUAUCUUUUAAAACCUGUAUAGAUUGUUUCAUCUCAAAUGUCAAUUGUAAAAAUUGUCUUUUCUGUUUUAUUAUAGGAUUUUUUUACCAAUAACCAAUAUUGUUACCAAUAACUGUUUCAGUCAUUGACCAGUGAUUAAACCAUAUUGGCCAAUUCAACCAAAUCAGGUAAUGGUUACAACUGCCUGAAGGUUUUUUAAAUUGAAAUUUAUACUAUUAAGUAUAAUAUAACUGACAUACAGAUCCUUGUCAUUUGAUUUGUUUAA